AUGUCUACACCAACUCCAUUAUCAGAGGCCUCUCAAAUCCCAACUAUCCCGGCCCUUUCUCCUUUGACUGCGAAGCAAUCCAAGGGGAAUUUCUUCUCCUCAAACCCAAUAUCUAGCUUUGUUGUGGAUACGUAUAAACAAUUGCAUUCUCACAGACAAUCUUUAGAGCUGGUCAACCCUGGUACCGUGGAAAAUCUGAAUAAGGAAGUCUCCCGUGACGUGUUUUUGUCCCAAUAUUUUUUCACCGGGCUGAGAGCUGAUUUGAAUAAGGCAUUCUCCAUGAACCCUGCCUUUCAAACUUCGCACACUUUCUCUAUAGGUUCUCAAGCUUUGCCUAAGUACGCAUUCUCCGCAUUGUUUGCCAACGACAACCUUUUUGCUCAAGGUAACAUCGACAACGAUUUAUCUGUCUCUGGUAGAUUAAACUAUGGUUGGGAUAAGAAAAACAUUUCUAAGGUCAACUUACAAAUAUCAGAUGGCCAACCAACAAUGUGCCAAAUAGAACAAGACUACCAAGCUUCCGACUUUUCUGUAAACGUAAAGACAUUGAACCCUUCAUUCUCUGAUAAGGGCGAAUUCACAGGUGUUGCUGUUGCAUCUUUCCUACAAAGUGUUACCCCUCAAUUAGCUUUGGGUUUAGAAACUUUAUACUCCAGAACUGACGGUAGCGCUCCAGGUGAUGCUGGUGUUUCAUACUUGACUCGUUACGUCUCCAAGAAGCAAGAUUGGAUUUUUUCAGGUCAACUGCAAGCUAACGGUGCUUUAAUUGCAUCGCUAUGGAGAAAAGUAGCACCAAAUGUUGAAGCAGGUAUCGAAACUACAUUACAAGCUGGUAUGAUUCCCAUUACUGAUCCAUUGAUGGGUACUCCAAUUGGUAUUCAACCUACUGUCGAGGGUUCUACCACAAUUGGUGCCAAGUAUGAAUACAGACAAUCUGUAUAUCGUGGUACAUUAGAUUCUAAUGGUAAGGUUGCAUGCUUCCUAGAAAGAAAAGUUUUGCCAACCCUGUCCGUUUUAUUUUGCGGUGAAAUCGAUCAUUUCAAGAACGAUACCAAGAUUGGUUGCGGUUUACAAUUCGAAACUGCUGGUAACCAAGAAUUACUAAUGUUACAACAAGGUUUAGAUGCAGAUGGUAACCCAUUGCAGGCUCUUCCUCAAUUAUGA